AUGUCUUUGAGUUCUCUGCCCUUGGUUCGGCUACCGGAGCCUUACAAGACAACUUAUGAAUUGCACAUCGUAUCUACCGAGCGGAACCUCCGCAAGUUUCAGCUGCUGAGAUCUCCUCGCGGGGAUGAAGGCAUACCACCCCCGAAGCCUUUGGACCAUGCGUUGCUGAGGUUCACAGAUUUGGCCCAGCCUAAUCCUUCUUCUACACCAGACGAAGGAAACAACUCACCCUGGGCACGCGCACAGAGGAGUCCGGUUACCUAUAUUACAUGGGAAGGCUUGGAGACGCCGACGGUGGGCCAGAUCUGGAAUGUGGUCCAUGCCAUCGAGACCCUGCGCAGCGAGUUCGAGAUAUUCCGAGGUGUGAUGUCUGGUCAUGGGAGUGACAUACUUGCAUGCGAGCUACAGGGUGUGGGCUUAGCCAUCGCGCACCCGGAGCCAUCUGCUGCGCCAGGAAAGCCCAUACCAAGCACCACUAACCACCUUGGACAGCUGGUCUUUUCCCGCAGUAGCUUCUGGCAAGGAGCUGGCUCACCCUUUGGUACCCGCCCAGCAUGGGUAUCUGACCCUGGGAUCUACAGCUAUAUGCGCAAGCCGUUGAGCAACUACCCUUCCCGACCACGACAACACACAGUCACCACUGGUUUCCCCGAGCGUCGAGUACACGCUCUUCACCCCGUGCGGCCACCCAAACCAACCUCUGGCUCUCGCAUCUACAGCCGCUACAUUCCACACUUGGACGAGUUUUUCUCAGUCUAUGCGCUAGACUACACAAAUGACGAACACCUGGGGCUGUUCAAUAAGUGGCAGAAUGACCCUCGAGUGGCUCAGGGGUGGAACGAAACUGGAACUUUGGCCCAACAUCGUGAAUACUUGCGCAAAAUCCAGGAGGAUCCGCACCAGAUCGCUGUGCUGGCUAAGUUCAAUGAUACUUUCUUUUCCUAUCAUGAGAUAUACUGGACGAAGGAGGACCACCUUGGUGCGUACUACGAUGCUGGUGACUGGGACAGGGGCCGCCAUUCGUUAGUCGGCGAUGAGCGUUUUCGAGGCCCGCACCGCACAAUUGUGUGGUGGUCUGGCUUGAUGCAUUACAUUUUCCUCGAUGAUCCGCGUACGGAGUUCGUGACUGGAGAGCCGAAAUACUCUAAUUUGGCUCCCUUGACCUACGACCACGCUACAGGAAUGAACCUGGCCAAGCUGGUCGAUCUACCUCAUAAACGGUCCGCACUCAUCCUUGGUAGCAGGGAGAAGUUUUUCCAUGUAGCACCUCUACGAUUUGACGGGUCUGAUACUCUCGAUCGCAACCCAUUCCGCUCAUUGAAGUUGUGA